AUGAGUCAAAACGAAGUCCUCAACCACUUGCCAAAGCCUUCCCACAGCGAAACAUGUCAACCACUUCUUGCAGUUCAAGUAGUAAGUUUGUUGCGGACAUCUGGACAAACAGAAGUUCCAACAGAUUCUCCACGUCAUCGAUCGUUAGACACGCCAAUCGUCCUACAGCCAGCUACCCGAUUCGCCCUGGCCAAUCUCACAACUACAGUACUACGUCUAGAUUUCUGGGAUGAUAAUGACCCGAAUUCGAUAUUCUUCUGCAAGUCUACCUUUAACAUCGUCACACAGUGUCUGGGUCUUCCUGAUAAAGUCGUGAAAACGAUGAAAACGCAUUUGGAGGGUGAAGAAGAGCUCACAGACAUUGCUCCAAUGAUCCUGUCGGUUCGUGAGGACCCAGUCUACAAAACUGAGGGGUCCACCCCAUUUUUAGCUAGUCUACUGGUGGCUUUCGUGAAUCAAGGGAACUACGAUAGCAGAUACCGCGUCCUCCUACGCCAUCUGACCACUUUGCUAGGAGUGGUUUGGACGGAAUUCGAGGACGUCGAGGACUCUCUAGCCAGCACUUUACUAGAUGAGCAAUUUGUGGAAACUGAACAAAGCCGUGUGGUUCGCGAAAAGACGGCACGUAACAAGAAGAUCAAGCGAUAUCUGAUGAUUGGUGCUGCUGGAGGCGUUGGCGGAGUCUUGAUAGGGCUCACUGGAGGUUUAGCAGCUCCACUGGUCGCCGCUUCAGCUGGUAUGCUUAUUGGCGGAGGGACAGCUGUUGCGGGUCUCGCCACGACAGCCGGUGCAGCUGUAUUAGGGACCACAAUGGGUGUUGCGGGCGCUGGAUUCACCGGAUACAAGAUGAAGAAACGAGUUGGAGCUAUCGAGGAGUUUACUGUAGAAACGCUGGCGGAGGGUGUUAGCUUGAGUUGCACACUGGUGGUUAGUGGAUGGAUUGAUAGUGAUACAAGUCCGGAGCAAGCGUUUGUGCAUCAGUGGAGACAUUUGAGACAUACCAAGGAGCAGUAUACGUUGAGGUACGAGAGCAAUUAUCUCAUGGAGCUCGGAAACGCAAUUGAGUACCUCAUGAGCUUUGCGGUUUCCGUUGCCAUUCAGCAGACACUUCUUGAGACGGCGUUGGCAGGCUUAGUCUCCGCUGUUGCCUGGCCAGUGGCACUGAUUUCUGUCUCUUCUGUCCUGGAUAACCCAUGGAAUGUUUGUGUGUCCCGAGCAGCUGAAGUUGGCGAGCACCUGGCCGAAGUGUUGCUCAGCAGAUCGCAUGGAAAACGUCCAAUUACUCUGAUAGGAUUCAGUUUAGGCGCCCGUGUGAUUUUUCAUUGUCUUUUAACAAUGAGCAAACGAUCGGAGAGUUUGGGAAUCAUUGAAGACGUGAUUUUGCUGGGAGCGCCUGUCACCGCGUCUCCCAAGGAAUGGUCGAAAGUUUGUAGUGUUGUUAGCGGUCGGGUUAUCAAUGGGUACUGUGAAACGGAUUGGUUGUUGAGAUUCCUCUACCGUACCAUGAGUGCUCAAUUCCGGAUCGCUGGAACUGGUCCAGUCGACAAUCGGAAUAGUAAAAAAAUCUAUAACUAUAAUUUGAGUCAUAUUGUAAAAGGUCACAUGGACUACUCGAAACGGCUCACCGAGGUGCUUCACGCGGUUGGGGUCAAAGUGGGCCCACAUUCUGAAGAUUCAGUUGUGGACCUCACUGAGCUAGAGUGUCCACAUGAGGCCACUGGAGAAGCUACGGAGGCAAUUAACUUCAAAUUACCCACAGAUUUAGAGGGAAAUGAUGGUGAAGGAGCUCAAAAUUUGAGCUCAGAGUUUACAAAUUUGAAUGGGAUUCAUGAAAUUCGGAAUAGAGAGGGGAGCAAGAAGCAGACAACUGUUUGA